AUGCCUCGUCGAUCGUCUCGGCCCGUUCCCGCGGCAGCCGCAGCUCCAGAUGCCGCCCCAAAGAGGCGCAUGUCCGCCAGGCUCUCCGAAGCAUCCAGCACGGAGCUCAAGAGACAAAAGUACGACACCACCUCUGCUCACAGUGCUCAGAAGCCAAUUAAAUCCACCACGAAAAAGAGCAAAUAUUUUCAGGACGAGCCGUCACAAGAACCGGAGCUCGAAUCCAAAAAGGCAGCUGCGCCGACAAUCCCCGACUACGAGGACACCGACAUAAGUGUCCCCACCUCUUCUGACUCCGGCUCGGAUUUUGCUGAAGAAGCAUCUCCAUCAUCCUCAAGCGCUGACGAGGAUGGAUCUGAAGAAGAAGAGUAUAGCCCUGAGCCAAAGCGCCGCCAAAGCCGCGGAAAGCAAGCCAAUGGCGCUGGCUCUAUAAGGCAGGGAACAAAUCGUGCAGAAGGGACGGCUGAUCUAUUGAGCGGCAAGGAGCUAUGGAGAGAAGGAGUGAAAACUGGUCUUGGACCAGGGAAAGAAGUGUUCAUCAGGAAGCCCAAGGCCAGAGAUCCCGGGGCAGUAGCCUACGAGGAUAAUGCUUUGCAUCCCAACACUAUGCUCUUCCUGCAGGACUUGGCGGAGAAUAAUGAUAGGCAAUGGUUGAAAGCUCACGAUGCGGAUUACCGUGCUGCGAAGAAGGAUUGGGAGAGCUUUGUCGAGACUCUCACAGAGCGGAUCAUAGACCAGGACGGCACAAUACCUGAAUUGCCUGUCAAGGAUCUUGUGUUCCGCAUACACAGGGACAUCAGGUUCAGCAAGAAUCCAACUCCGUACAAGACGCAUUUUUCAGCAGCUUGGUCCCGCACUGGCAAGAAGGGCCCUUACGCUGCAUACUACGUCCACUUGCAACCAGGGGCAUGUUUCGUCGGUUCGGGGCUUUGGAUGCCAGAGGCCGCCGGGUUGGCUCGUCUCCGACAGGAUAUCGAUCAUAAUUCUCAUCGUCUCAAAAGAGUCCUGAGAGCGCCUAAGAUGCGUCAAGAGAUAUUCAAUGGAAUACCAGAUGUUGAUGAGAAGGCUGUAGAAGCUUUCGUUAGCCACAACAAGGAGAGCGCGCUCAAGGUCAAGCCCAAGAGAUUUUUGCACCGGCUCAUUUGUUUCCAUGGUUCAGCAUAUGCCGCCGGCUACGAUGCCGACAACGAGAAUAUCCAAUUGCUCCGUCUGCGCAGUUUCACCAUCGGCAGGCCUCUUACGGAUGAGGAGCUGCUUAGCCCGAAUGCCCAGGACCGGAUUGCAGCGCUGGUCGAAAUCAUGGAGCCCUUCGUAAGCCACUCAAAAAUCCGCCUUCUCUCCGCUUGCCCGCGUUUGCGUCUAUUGGAUCUUAGCCCCCGUAUCAACGAUACACGGCCGGUCCAUUCCUCUUUGCCCCUUGUCCCCUCUCUGCCUUUCUUUUCCUAG